UGGUUUGUUAAAGUUUAUUAUUAUUAGAUCCUGUGUGGGAUUAGUGUUCAGAAGAAGAUGGAUGAAAUGCACCCUUAUCAUCCUCUUUACAAGAGCGAAGCUAAUUAUCACAAGAACCGAGAUGAAGCAGAGAUGGAUAUGCUGCGUAGAACAAUGGGUCUAGGAUUCCCUCUCAAACUACAGAUGGAAAGAAAGCUUGCGGGCAAGGUUGGUCAUCUUCCCUGCAUAACCACGUCUAGCCAUGCAUCCCUGGACGCCCUGCAGGGUAUCGAUACCACCAUCAGCUACGACGAUAUCUUUGGACAGGCGGAGUUCAUGGAGGCCAUCCCCGACCUGCCCUUCAACGCUGUCAACAAUAUGAAGAACUAAUUUAUUUAACUGAAUGUUUUCCAUGCCGUAUUUAACCAAACUGUUCUAAAUUCCAUCUUUUUAAAAAUAAAUUUCGUGAUUUUUGUGAUAGAUUCGUAUUGAGCGAUGUCAUAUUUCAGAGAUGGAUUUUUUAAAAGCCGAGAUUGAGCGGAAAAAGCGCCAAAUCUCUGAAAAGAAUGUAAUGCAACCAGAGAAAAAGUAUUUUAAACGUGGAGAUCUGGUCGCGGUUCAGGAGAAGGAAUACUUGGCUAAGUUUGGAUGUAAGGAAACUCCUGUAACUGCAGUGGAAGGAGAAGGAGCUAAAGGGAAAGAUCCGGAAGUAAUUCAUGAUGAUUUGUAUCCUCUGCCUCGACCGGAAGUGAUUCGUCGGUUUCGAGAGGUUCUGCAGCCGAUUCUUCUCUUCGGAGAAACUGAAGAUGAAGCAAACCUUCGUCUUCGAUCCUUGGAAAUUGUCGGAGACAGUGAUAAACUUGGAGGAACUUCACAGAACGAUUACAGAGAAGCGAUGAAGAGGGUGGAUAAACAGUAUCUUAAAAGCAUAGAAGCAGAUAAAAUUUUAGAGGAAGGAGAGGAGAAGCAGACGUUUGAGAGUAAAAUGUAUACAACAGAUAAAACAUACGAGGAUCUUCUCAAUAUGGUUAAUGAUCUCCGUCGAGGAAACCUUAAACAUGAUGAUAUCGUCAUAGCAGAAUGGAUCAAGGUUGUGAUGACAAUGUGGCAUCAUGAGUUGAAUUCCCGGAGUGAUGAGGAGAGAAUGUGUGUUAAGGGGAAAAUGGAUGCAGCAACAUUCACACAAACGAAGUUAAGGAAACUGAGACUAACUUCACCGCAACAAGUACACGGCCGAAGAACCACGACUUCGAUACUGAAAUUGAGACAGAAAUCUUUUCUCUUUCCACGAUCCUAGUUUAUAUAGCCUUGAUAUUAACAAGGAACAGUCAAUGUUCCUUGUUCUAUAUAUGCUAAUUUUAAUGCUCUUUAUUUUUCCAUAAAUUAUGUUGCCACAAUAAUAACGAAGAACGGUCAAUGUUUCUCGUUAUGAAGUUAAAUCAAUUUUCUUUCUAUUUAUUAAAGAAACUCGCACCCACACAUGUUUACAUUAAAAUAUGCAUAAAGCAAGGAACGGUCAAUUUAUCUCGUUAUGACGCUAAAAUCAAUUUUCCUUGAUAUAAAAUAUUUCCCAAGUGUAAUGUUCUUUCUUUUAUCCUGAGCUAUGUAGCCUCAAUAUUAACGAUAAACGGUCAAUGUUUAUCGUUAUGAAGCUAACAACAAUUUUCUUUAACAUAAAUGAAAAGAAAACUUGCCCCUAUGUAUGUUUAAAUGAAAACAUGCACACAAUUAUGUGUAACAUAAGAGAUAACACACACUGUGAUGUAUGUUUAAAUGAAAACAUGCACACAAUUAUGUGUAACAUAAGAGAUAACACACACUGUGAUGUAUGUUUAAAUGAAAACAUGCACACAAUUAUGUGUAACAUAAGAGAUAACACACACUGUGAUGUAUGUUUAAAUGAAAACAUGCACACAAUUAUGUGUAACAUAAGAGAUAACACACACUGUGAUGUAUGUUUAAAUGAAAACAUGCACACAAUUAUGUGUAACAUAAGAGAUAACACACACUGUGAUGUAUGUUUAAAUGAAAACAUGCACACAAUUAUGUGUAACAUAAGAGAUAACACACACUGUGAUGUAUGUUUAAAUGAAAACAUGCACACAAUUAUGUGUA